UUACCCCCUGUACCUUUCCUCCUCUCUUCAUCCCAUCUUCUGCUGAUCUUCCAUCCCAAAUAUCUCUCAAGCAUCUGUCUGAGUUCUCCUCCUCCUUCCCGUCCAUUGCUAGCUAGGGUUUCUUGAGUCUUGGUCUUGGCAUCAGUUCGUCUUCUUUCUCUUUUGAUUGACACACAAAGAAAGGGCUAUGGAUAGCUUCAAGGAUCUUGGCGGAGGCGGGAGCAGUGCUUCCAAGGCAUCCUUCUUGCAGCUUCCGCUGCCGGCGUCGUCGUCGGCUCAGGGUUUUCCAUCGCCAGACGGGCAUCACCACAGCUCACGGCUCCCGCUGCAGCAGUUACUUGCCGACCCGUCGGGGGCGCAGCGCAACCACCAGAUGGACGGAGCAGUUGUGCAAAGAGAGAUUUCGCCGGUAGAUGCCGAGAUCAUCAAGGCCAAGAUCAUGUCGCACCCCCAAUACUCGGCUCUCGUCGCCGCCUACUUGGACUGCCAAAAGGUCGGCGCGCCGCCGGAUGUGUCGGAUAGGCUCUCGGCCAUGGCGGCGAAGCUGGACGCACAGCCGGGGCCAAGCCGGCGGCGGCGCGAGCCGGCGCGCGCUGACCCGGAGCUCGACCAGUUCAUGGUCCGUCAUGCUUUGACAGAUCGAUUCAAUUCGUCGCAUGCGAUGCUUCUGCAAUGGUGUUGCUCUCAAAUAAUCGGCUGGGCCUGCUUGCCGCUGCAGGAGGCGUACUGCAACAUGCUGGUGAAGUACCAGGAGGAGCUGGCGCGGCCGAUCCAGGAAGCCGCCGAGUUCUUCAAGAGCAUGGAGCGGCAGCUCGAUUCGAUCACCGACAGUAACUACUGUGAAGGCGCCGGCUCGUCCGAGGAUGACCAGGACGGGAGCUGUCCUGAAGAGAUCGAUCCCUUCGCCGAGGACAAGGAGCUGAAGCACCAGCUCCUGAGGAAGUACGGCGGCUACCUGGGCGGCCUCCGGCAGGAGUUCUCCAAGAGGAAGAAGAAAGGGAAGCUCCCAAAGGAGGCCAGGCAGAAGCUGCUGCACUGGUGGGAGCUGCACUACAAGUGGCCCUACCCUUCUGAGACGGAGAAGCUGGCGCUGGCGGAGACGACGGGGCUGGACCAGAAGCAGAUCAACAACUGGUUCAUCAACCAGCGGAAGCGGCACUGGAAGCCGACGUCGGAGGACAUGCCGUUCGCGAUGAUGGAGGCGGCGGGCGGGUUCCAUGCCCCGCAGGGCGCCGCGGCGGCGCUGUACGUGGCGAGCAGGACGCCGUUCAUGGCGGACGGCGGCAUGCACCGGCUGGGGUCGUGACGGCCGGGCUCGUGUCGAUCGCUCCUACUACACGUAACAUGCAUGUUCGGAUCGGACGUGCCAAUCGAUGGUGUUGGGGAUUUGCUGUGGAAUGGGGAAUCCAUGCAUGGCGGUGGCAAGGUAAAAAGCCUGAAGCUGCUCGUGGCACGUGUUGCUUGAUCCGGAGCAAGUAAUUCUGCAACGUUCCUAGGCGUCAUGUU